AUGGAUACCACCCGCAAUGACUUCCACCACGCACACUCUGGAAGGGGUGGCGACGAGGAACAGAUGUCCAAGAAGGGGUACCAAGUCGUCGACAGACCUCCGGUGACGGACCAUGACAUUCACGACGAAUAUCUCAAGCAUCCCCCAAACAAUCAGCCAACGGAGCUCAUGACCAACCGGGGGACUCGCGGCCAGAAGGAGGGGGGACGCGACGAACUGGACCCGAAACGAGAGGGUGUGCUAGGUGACGAGCCAACGAGCAGAAUUACGAUGGAGACAGCGUUGGAAGAGACGACGACAGAGCACUCCGUUCACCCGUGA